AUGCACGGCGAGGAAAAGUCUACGGCCCCCACGGCGGCGGCGGCAUCUCAUGAUGAGAUUGAGGAGGCACAGCCCCCGUCCCAGACGCCCGACGUGCACCACAUCGACGGGCACCUCUUCUCCGACAAGGUGCCCACCAAGCACGACGACGCGCUCGACUUUCUGCGCUCGACCGGCGACGACAACUUUACGUACACCGACGCCGAGGCCAGCAAGGUGCGCUGGAAGAUUGACCUGUACCUGAUGCCGCUGCUCCUGGGCACGUUUACGCUCAACUUUCUAGACAAAGGCAUCUUGUCUAAUGCAUCCGUCUUUGGGCUCCGGGAGGACGCUCAUCUCGAAAAGAGCCAGUACAGCUGGGUCGCCAGCAUCUUUUACUUUGGCUACAUGAUCGGCCAGCCGCUCAACGCAUACAUGCUGCACCGCGUCCCCGUCGGCAAGUGGCUCGCCGGCAACGUCCUCGGCUGGGGCGCCUGCAUCCUCCUCGCCAUCACGUCCCGCAACUUCGCCGCGCUCGCCACGUCGCGCUUCUUCCUGGGGCUCUUCGAGGCCGUCAACAACCCGGCGUUCGUGCUCAUCACGGCGCAGUACUACACGCGCAGGGAGCACUCGCUGCGCGCCUGCGCCUGGUGGUCCGGCAACGCCGUGGGGUCCUUCUUCGGCGACCUCAUCGCCUACGGCAUCGGGCAUGGGCACGGCGCCCUGUCGCCCUGGAAGUACAUGUUCCUGGCGUUUGGCGGCGUGACGGUCCUGUGGGCGGGCGUGCUGGCCGUCUUCAUGCCCGACUCGCCGUGGAGAAUGCGCGUGCUGUCGGAGCAUGAGAGGAAGAUUGCCGUGCUGCGCGUCAUGUCCAACCAUACGGGCAUCAGCAGCUCGCAUUGGAAGUGGGAGCAGGCGCUGUCCGUGUUUUCCGACCCACAGGCGUGGAUCUUUUUCGCCAUUGUGUUUGUUCAGUGCCUUCCCGCUGGAGGUUUGACGGCCUUCAACAAGCUGAUCCUGACCGGGCUGGGAUACACGAACCUCGAGGCAACCGUGUACUCGAUGCCCGAACACGCCAUCCACCUCGUCAGCAUCGUCAGCGCAGGCAUCGCCGGCUCCUACAUCCGCAACUUCCGCUGCGUCAUCAUGGUCCUCUCCAACAUCCCCCCGCUCGUUGGCGCCUUGCUCAUCAACUACGUCCCCACGUCGGAGAAGCUCACGCGCCUGGCCGGCGUCUACCUGCUCUUCACCAGCACCGUGAGCUACAUCAUGACCAUGAGCCUCGUCGCCUCCAACAUCGCCGGCAUGUCGCGCAAGACGACCGUCGCCGCCGGCAUGUUCCUCGCCUACUCGGCCGGCAACCUCGUCGCCCCGCAGCUCUUCAUCUCCACCGAGGCCCCCGGCUACCAGACGGGCUUCCGCGGCAUGAUUGCCUCCUUUGUCGUGCUCAUCAUGCUCGCGCUCGCGCUCAUGGGGUACCUGAUCUGGGAGAACAGGCGCCGGGACCGCCUGUACGGCGAGGUGGACCCGGACGAGCCGCACGACGACUUUUUGAACAAGACGGAUCGGGAGCUGUCGUAUUUUCGCUAUAGCUGGUGAUGGGGCGUGUGAAUUGAGCCCCUGGAGACGCUGAUGAGCGGGCUUGUUGCGCUUGUUCAUUCAAUCAUGGGCUGUUACGUAGUGGCAAUUUUUCGGCCGAUUGCCGUCAAAGCCAUCGUACCUGGCAGAGGAUCACGGCUCAUCGUUGUCUGAGCAUCAAGAUGUUCCGGCUCAGUGACAGGCCAGGAAAGGUUGGCACCUGAGCACACGCCAUCGACAUCGACAGCGUGUAAGCUGUUAGUUGACUC